AUGAGCGGAAGGGAGACCGAAGAUCCAUCUGGCCCAUACUUUGAAAUUAUUAAGGUUGGAAGGCAUUGGCACUGGUUUCCAGAUGUCACAAUCUACUACGUAUCUCAAACCAGAAGUAAGCUCGUAGAUAUUAUUGUGAACGCUUUUCAGCUUUUCGACUAGAUUUGUCUCACUCUGAUCAACUUCUGGUUGUGUCAAUUGUCUUAGAGUUUAAGAUUAAAGGAGGUUGCAAAGUAAGGGAAGAUUCGUCGCAGAAUUACCGAGAUAUAACCGUCGUAAUGAACAGCGACGAAAAUCACAUUUUUCAAAUCAGACGCCAAAGAGGAGGAGGUAAAUAAUGCGCUUUGAAGCAAAACGUUUCUAUCUACACUAGCAAACUGUUCCACGUUUAUGUUGCACGUUUUGUGUUUUAGCAUACUGGAUGAACACUGAUGGAUACUGGUUAACUGAACCCAAGACAUUUAGCGUAUGAUUGAGGGCAAAGUAAGGUAAUUUGACUAGUUAAAUUCCAUGAAAAAUUCAGUAAUCAUAUACUGAAGUUCCUGUUUUGCAUGUUUAGUUCACUGAGUAGUUUUACCACUACUGCAGCAUUUCAUUGGUUCUUUAGUACAAGUCAAAGACGACAGUGUAGCUGCGCUGUUCUUUACAAGUUACGCCAUACUGAAAAUUUGCAAUGGAAAAUUCGUAUGGUCAGCUAACUCAGACGUGUGUAAAUUCGCUGGUGAUUGGCUUGUUCAUUAGAAGUUGGAGAGAAGGAGCGGUUUCUGCAAAAAGAAUAAAGGUGGAAAAAUUUAGAGUCUUGGUACCUCUCGUUAAUUGGCUUGGCGGGGUUUCUAGUCACCUGGAACGCCUAACAAAGAUUUACACGGUACCCACUUGGAAUAGAACUGAUUCUUAAAAUGCUUAUUCCAAAUAAUCUAUCAUUGUUGAAUAAAGCGCUAAAUUAUCUUCAAUUGCAAUAAUUGAAAUACAGCUGUAUGUGGCUUCAUAUAGCCGAAAAGCUAAAAAUAACAUGUAUUAAUUUGAUUGAUAGGUAUCAAGUUUAACAAUUAGUCUGCUCAUCAAAACUAAUCUUUUAUUCUUAUUGUAGGUCAUGAGCAUGAAACAAGCACAAGGGUUUAGCAUGUCCGUGUAAAAAAAAUGUCGACAGUAGGAAUUUAUAUUAACAAUCGAUUUGAUUUCUAUACACUGUUAACAUCUUUAUAUUCGACUUUGGUUUAAAAUUAAAAAAAUGUGAGGUACAAACUGCGUCUCUCUGACUAAUAUAGACGAAGUACACCUUUCUUUUGUAAUGAAAAUCACAUCACAGCAGGGCGGAUAAAGGUAGGGCGGUGAAACGAGCGCGUCCGAGCAAAAAGGUGCGAUGCAGUGGACUGGGACUCCGCUUAGAAAUGUCGCUUGUUUUCGACUUCGGUCAGGGCUUGCGAUGUGGUUUGUACAUUAGACACUGCCGCUGUCACUGAAUUAUGGUGGCUUGAUUUGUUUUCUUGCACUUCUUCCUCGUCCCUUUGUGCUGGUACGCUGUCUCCGAGAGGCAAAUAUUCACAAUAUUGGGUUUUUUACUGUCUACCUUGUUUUGUUUUAGAGAAAAAACUGAGAAAAACCCUACAACUAACCUCAAUAAAGUUUGUUUACAUGGUUGCCGGAUUUGCAACGCAUUGCGCGAAUCGCCAUGGCGGCCCGAGAAGCAAAGUUUGAAGAAAUAAAACGCCACUAUAUCAAUAUAUAUCAAUCUAAUUUUUGCUAUGUUAUACAAAAUUUAUCCCCUUUAACAUAUGUAAAAAUUGAGGUUAAGAAGUGUUAAGCUUUUGCAAACGAAACGGUGAAAGACGAUUAGGUGAUAUUUAGUGGAAGGAGGAGGUAUUCAACACUUUCAAAUUAAACUCAAAUUUUGGCAUUAUACGACCAACAAGUUAAACUUAUAGACGUAUAGACACAAACAUAUUAAACUGUUUAUUGAUAUUGUUAUGAAACGAAUUUAUCUAUUUAACAUUGUAGCCUGAAAUUACAGAAAGAAAAUAGGAUUUCCGGUUUGCAAAAACGAAAAUUUCGCCGGCCUUCAAGCUCACCGGAAGCGCGGAAAGAGCGCUCGUGCCAGUCCUAUUCCGCAUCACACAUUAAAUGAAGAGCGGAGCGCUCGUUUCACCGCCCAACCUUUAUCCGCCCUGCAUCACAGGGACAAAAUCCGUCCUAGGGACAACACAGUUUAUUCACUGAAUAGACUAAAUCAAAGAAAUAAUGUAUGACAUUGAAUUCUGUCGUUAAUGACUGAUUUCUGCGAACGUACUCGGCCAAACAAAAAUUCUUAAGUCAUUUGGAAAAAAGAUAAUCCUGCAAUGCGCAUGCUAAUCACGUGACCGCAUAAAUAUCUAUGAACAAUAAAGGCAUUUGGCGCCUAAAUUUAAUUUUGAGAAUGAAAUGAACAUUCCGUCACAGAUAAAAGUUUCCACGCUAAACAACCGUCAAAAUUGAAGAUGUCAUGUCCGUGUAAAAAAAAUGUCGACAGUAGGAAUUUAUAUUAACAAUCGAUUUGAUUUCUAUACACUGUUAACAUCUUUAUAUUCGACUUUGGUUUAAAAUUAAAAAAAUGUGAGGUACAAACUGCGUCUCUCUGACUAAUAUAGACGAAGUACACCUUUCUUUUGUAACGUUGUCGCACAAUCUCAGGG